CCAAUCAAUAAGGAUCUUUCUCUCUCUCAUAAAUAAACGGACACAAAAACGUAUGGCGAGAGAAUUAGAACCCUUGAUUGUUGGUCGAGUAAUAGGAGAUGUUCUUGAUUCUUUCACUCCAACCAUAAAAAUGUCUGUUACUUAUGGCAAUAAACAAGUCUUCAAUGGUCAUGAGUUCUAUCCUUCCACAGUCACGGCUAGGCCAAGGGUUGAGGUUUCUGGUGGUGAUAUGAGAACAUUUUACACAUUGGUGAUGACUGACCCUGAUGUCCCUGGCCCCAGUGAUCCAUAUCUCAGGGAGCACGUACACUGGUUAGUCACCAACAUUCCAGGGACAACAGAUGUCACAUUUGGAACGGAAUUGAUGAGCUAUGAGAUCCCAAGGCCUAAUAUAGGAAUACACAGGUUUGUCUUCGUUCUGUUCAAACAGAAAGGCAGACAAACACUAAGCCUACCUGCUUCAAGUGAUCACUUCAGCACUCGAAAUUUUGCUGCAGAGAAUGAAUUGGGCCUCCCAGUUGCUGCUGUCUUCUUCAAUGCACAACGAGACACUGCUGCACGAAGACGCUAGCUACUGCCCGUAGCCUGAUCACUUCGUUUGCUACAAUAAAGUCUUCCAUCCUAUGUUUGGAACAUAGCACUCGAUAGAGCUGGAAUGUAUGAAUAAAAUUGUGUCCUCCUACCAAAUAUACUACUAAUGUUUGCUCUAUGUUUAUACUAGAAAAAAGGCUCUCGUUGUGAUUUUGGACUGUACCUGC